GAAAAAAAUAUAUAGAAAAUGUCAAAAGCAGGCUUUAAGGAAAAAGUGACAGAAAAAGUAUACAGGGGACUGUUCCCCAGUCGAGCUUUAAGUCUAACAAAACGAUCGCAUCAAUAUAACAACACUAAAGAGCGACCUCUUGCUUUCUGAUAGACAGCAUGUAUCUCCACUUGUCACCGUCUGCAUAAUAGUAAUGCCCGUUUCUUGUUAAGCAAUGCAUACAGAAACGUUGCCGCUGGACGCAAGCAGCCCUUUAGCUUGUGUUUUUAACAACACAUGAAAGUACAGCACAAGACAAUGUCUUUAAAAUGUGUUAACGAAUAAAUACAUUAUUUUUACCCUCUGCUCUUGUUGUUUCUUUAAUAAAUAUAUACCAAAUUCAUUCUCCAAAUGUUUUUUAAUGAUUUCGUCUUUUAUCAUUUUAAAAAGUGAGGAGGCACAGUGACUGAAGUGGCCGGGCCAUGCCCCCUAGUGCCCCCUCGUGUCGCCGACUCUGAGAUGCAGUAUCAGUAUAUGCAUUAGAACUUGUAGCCAUUCAGAUGGCUCUUGAGUGGGUGGAGGAGAUGAUGCCAAAUUCUGAAAGUAAAAUUUUAAUUUGUUCAGAUUCAAUGGCUUCUCUGUCAAGCAUACAAACCUUUCAAUCAUGUAGAAGCGAUCUACUUACAGAAAUAUUAACUAUUUUAUUCAGAUUAAGACAUCUGGGAGCUACAGUGCAGUUUAUAUGGGUUCCAGCACAUGUUGGGAUUCCUGGGAAUGAAACAGCGGAUAAAAUGGCCAAAGAAGCACUUGAAGUGGAAAGUGUUAACAUUGCAAUCACCCUCAGCAGGUCAGAAGGGAAAUCACUAAUUGGACAAGCGUGUGGAAGUAUAUGGCAGACAUACUGAGACUCUUGUAAGGAAGGAAGACAUUUCUACAGAAUUCAAAGUAAUAUAAAAUGUAGUAAAAUGAAUCAAAAUUUUAAUAGGAAAGAUUUUUCCCUAAUUACAAGACUAAGAAUGGGUCACACUAAUCUCAAUGCUACACUUCACAUUAUGGGUAAACACAACUCUGGUUUAUGUAGUGUAUGUCAGGAAAGAGAAACGGUAGAGCAUGUUCUGAUUAGUUGUAAGAAAUAUGAUCAGAAGAGAAUUUGUCUUAUAGGAGAUAUGCAAGCUUUGGGUAUUACAGAAUUUACGUUGAUAAAUAUUUUAAAGACAGGAGUAGAAUCGUGUAGAGUAGUUUCAGCAAUAAUAACAUUCCUGAGAAAUAGUGGUCUGAUAAACAGAAUAUAAAAAUUCUCUGUAGGCUAUCUCAUCUUCGUCACACUCCAGCACAGUAGGUGGCGGAAUGCACCUUUACAGUUGGUUGCAACCCGCCUAUAAAAGCAUAGAAGUCCACAUGAAGUGACGAACUGGGAAACCGAAACCAAAAGUAGUAAGAUGUUGGAAGUCAAACAUAACAAAGCCAACUGUUUAACGAUAAAAAUAUAAACGGUAAGAUUUUAGAGAUGCAAGCUACUUAACUUUUGUGCAUUCGACUUAACAUGCAUUAAAACAUAACCGACAGCACUCCGUUUAUAGCAGCGGUUCUUAAUCCUGUUCUUCGCGACCCCUCACUCUGCAUAUUUUGUAAUAUCUCAUAUUUUAUUAAAUAAGGUGUGUUGGAUUCAAUGGGUGUUGAGAUAUGUUUGUUUAUAAGCAUUAUAUCAAAAAUCUUUCUCUCUGUUCACCAGAACAAAGAAAUGUAUACACGUUUGGAAGAACACAAAGGUCAAGAAAACAUAAAUUGCCAGAGCAAAGUUUGGCUUCGCAUCUCUUUGGCAGUAAACAUAGGCCUAUGUUUAUUCAUAUGUUAUUUAUGUCGUCAUGUAAAUUCACAGGAACCCACAAUUUUUAGGACAAUCACAAAGAAGCCUCUUGAAAAAGACACUAUACUGCUGAUAUGGCUGUGGCCAUUUGGAAUAAAAUUUGACUUAAAUUCCUGCAGAUCCAGAUUUAAUAUAGAUGGCUGUUACCUGACUAAUGAUAGAGAACUGUACAGCAAGGCUCAUGGGGUUUUGAUAAAUCACAGAGACAUUAGCAACAAUCUGUCAAACUUACCCACCAAACCGAGGCCCUUCUUUCAGAAAUGGAUAUGGAUGCAUUUUGAGUCCCCACGAAACACAAGGAGACUUGAGGGUCUGGAGAACCUGUUUAAUGUGACGCUAAAUUACCGGCGAGAUGCUGAUAUUGUUAUUCGUGAGCAAAUUACACUUAAAACUGAAGAUACUGAGGAUAAGAUAUUCCCACAAGUUCUGGACAAAAAGGACAAGUUAGUUUGCUGGAUCGUGAGAAACUGGAAUGAGGACUUUAAACGGGUAAAAUAUUAUAAUGAGUUGAAAAAACACAUUCAUAUUUCUUUGUAUGGGGGACAUUUUGGAAAAACAUUAAAUCAGGAAGAAUACAAUGAAAUAUUGACAAGUUGUAAGUUCUAUUUAUCAUUUGAGAACACAGCCAUUCAUUACGACUACAUGACAGAAAAGAUGUUCAAUCCACUCAAUCUAGGAUCAGUGCCGGUCGCUCUUGGGCCUCCAAAAUACAUAUAUGAUAAAUUUGUGCCAAAAGACUCUUUCAUCCACGUGGACGAUUUCUCUAGCCCUCGAGAGCUGGCUGAACAUCUGAAGUCACUGGACAAGAAUGUUGAAGAGUACAAGAAGUAUUUUCAAUGGAGAAAAAACUUUGAAGUAAAACUUGUCGAUUAUCCCACUGAGCAUGUGUGCCGAGCCUGUCAAUACAUACGUACAAAGAAAGAUUAUCAAGUGUUUGUAAAUCUUAACAAAUGGUACUGGGGUGCCAUAGACAGUACCUAAAAGUCAAAAUCCCUUUGGUGGCUGUAUCAAUCAAAUAAUCUUUUGAAUUUUCUCCUCUGAUAUAUGUCUCUUCAAUUCAUUUAAGUCUAUGUCAAAACCUUUAAAUUCAAAGGCUUCUAAAACGUGUAACAUUCUUGAGUCUGUUGUAAGAUUUUUUUAAGUUUAUGUUUAACUGUAUUUUAAUUUCUUUUCAAUUUUUUAUUUUAACAAAAAAGACUAUGCUGAUAUGUUUUAUUGAUUUUUUUGGCUUUGCAGAGUAUUUGUGAUGUCCGUUGUCUCCCCUGUAAUUAUGUUUCAUACCUUGAAUUAAAAAAAAGGUUCCUCGCGUACAAUGACGUCACCGUCAUUCACAGUGGAGAAGAGGAGGGACAAACACUUCAUUGACAACCAUCAUACACAACAAUGGAUAAGUUGAUAUGAAUGGUUACUGCAUUUAAUUAUUAAGUAAUAUUCUUUAAAAUAAGAUACUAGUAAUAAGUAGGCUAACUGUUGGGGAUAUUCUAAAUUACAGCAACCAACGCAUCUCCGGAAUAACGCGCAGUGCCUCCAAAGCGUUCUCAAUCUCAGGCGCCACCAGCUGGUCGUUUUCAGAAGAGCACCAGUCCGCUAUUAUAGAGAAAAACACUGCUUCAGUUCUUUCUUUUUAACAAAAAUACAUAUCUUGAACAGUGUCACAAUUUCCAGUCAGCACGUCAUCACCUGCUUUAUCUGUUAAAACCUGCAAGAGAAGAAUACCAAAUAGAUUUGUAUUCACUACUGCCUUUUAUUUUUAUUAUUGAUGUAAAUUUACUGAUCGCACUGUAAAUUUACCAACCGUGCGAUAUCAUUCACUGUAAUUCUACAUUAUAAAACAUUAACCUUAUGGUCCUUGAUUCUGAUUGGUUGAGACGUGUUCUAAAAAUGCAAGAUCAUGUCCCAAGAUUUUUCAUGUUGACAGACAUCAGUAGAAACCACAACUAAAUUCUAAUGAGUUGGCAAAUUACAAAUCCUAUUUCAAAUAUUCCAAAACAUUAUAGCAAAAAAUAUAUAUAUAGAAAAUGUUUAAGUUCUGUAUCAAUUACAAAGGAUUAACACAACUUUUAUAGCGCUACAAGCCAUCUUGCUUUUU